AUGUCCUUUUCAUAUGGCGCAGUUCCUCCACCAGACUCUCCACCGCUGAGGGCCAUGCCUCUCUCGCCAGCACCUGCACGCACAGACAGACGAGCUAAACGACAGACGACGGCACUCUCGCCUUCCUCCAUCGCCACGGGCAUGUCUGGCCUCAGCCUGGACGAUGACCCACUCGAUCUCAACGCAACCACAACGACGGGCAGAAGGAGUGAUUCUUCCUUGUCUCGUAAUAGCACAAUGAGCAGUAAACGAGCGUCUGCUGCACCUGCGUUGCCCGUCCCAAAGAUGAUCAAUUCGUUGCCACCAAAUUACCAGCAUCCGCCGAGUCCUGCUCCCAGUGCUGCUCCCAGUCUCAGCCACUCGAGUUCGACCCACGACUCUUCCUCUUCUUGUGCAUCGUCCAUUAAGAGUUCUCGAGCUCCCCGUCUUAAUACCGCCGUCGAGCGCACAAACAAUUCGAGCGACAGUCUGUCCUCGGAGCCUGUGACGCCCACUGGAACCAGCUUUUCGAGGUCGAGGGGAAAGAGCAUCUCACGCGCUGUAGGCAAACUCGCCUCGGACUUUCUCUCGCUCAAGGGUGGCAAAAACAAGGACCGGUCCGAACAUCCUGAACCCGUCCCUGCGCUCCCAACUGGCCCAUUCCGAAAAUGA